GAACAACAAAAUACAAAUCUUUUGUUUCCUGCUGUCAAACGUUGCAUAGAUAAUUCUUAAUUGUUAGUUUUUUUUAAACACUGCCUGCGUGGUUAUUAAGAGAACUGUUUUCAUUCUCUACCAAACACCCCUAACAUGAACUAAUAGACCAGUCCAACAAUCUGGGGUAGUAAACUGACGUUACUUCGUGUGAUCGUAUCAACAUCACUUGGCCCUGGAGUAGUUUAUCUGCUGGCCACGUUGGUAAAGGUUCGCUACCCGUUUCAGAGAAGCGUUUCAUUAGGCGACGAGGAUUUUCUGUAGCCCAGCUGUGCUCCGAAAUACUGUGUGGUGACCACAGAGAGAGAAAUACUUAGUUAAAUCAAACUAGUGAAACUAUUGCUAUUCCGGUAGGACUAGUAUAAAUAGUGGCAAGAUUAUACAUCCUUAGUCAGAUACAUAUAGAUCGUGUGAAUAAAAGUGUUUGCACUACAAUCCACUUCCAGAUAUUGCACCUAAAGACUGUGACCCAUUGCUAGUGCUACUGUGUCAGGAAAGAAAUAAAUCACCUGGUUAUUUGCACUACUAUUGGUUUGAUACUUGAAAACUGGAAGAACAUAAGAAAUAAUAGAUGGAAGCCAUGAAUCCGGAAGAUAAUUGGUAUUUGGACCUCAGUUCGCACUGGGAGGGGAAGGACGAAGAUUUUGAUUACUGCGAUUGCCCUGGUCCUCCAUCCCCUCCUCAAUUUGUGAUUCCCCCGCCUCCACCUCCUCCUUCACUUCAGUUGUGUCAAGGAGAACACACGGACUUGCAGUACUGUAAAGUGAAAACUCUAGGAACUGAAUACACUUACCCACACUUUUACUUCCUUCCGGUCAUCGCUGUGGUCUCUUCAGUGGUGGUCGUCAUCACGGUCGCUUCUUUUCUUUUAUGGAAGCAUAAGAAGAAGGUCCAGAAUUUUCUCCCAUGUAAAAGUGACCAUCAAACCAGAUGUGACGUCGGUAACUCAAAUGGAGUUACUUAUAAUGACGUAUUUAUCAACCACCACCCAAUAAGACUAACCAAUCACCGUGGACUUGAGACCCAAACACUGACUCCUAUUGAGCUGCUUGAUGUAAAGUUUGACAGAUAUAGACACCCCCAUUUAAUAUCUGUAAACCACACAAACUUUUUCUUCACGGGUAAAAAAGCUGGCAGUAUGCGUUCCAAUAGGGAUAAAGACCUGUUCAAUCCGGUCUAUGAAGAAAUUUCUGGAAAUUCAGAUGGCAAAGAUGGAAACCAAAGCUGUAACUCAGACAUUGAUGAUAGUGAAGUAGAAGCUCGAACUGUAGCUAGUGAAGAUGAGUUUGCUGAAGAUGAGUUGAGUUUGGGAGAGUAUCCACGCCAGCCUAGUCGUCCCUGUUCAGUAACCAGUAGUCUUCUUGGCUACACGAGAGGAGACCUGUGUCCUGGGAUGAGUGAUGGAGCUAGAGGCGCUGAAAAUAAGAAACUACAUCGUUUGUUUCAAGGGAAUUGUCAUGGUAGAUCUUCAUGCCGAAAGCAUAGUUCUCAUUCUUUGGAGAGAAACAAAGAUGGAUAUCCUAGUGAAGGAUUUGAGGCAAAAGAGAAUUAUUACAAAAGUAAGAAUAUGUUGUGUGAGAGGGGUUUAGGUCUAUUUCCUCAACAAGUUGUUGGCCAUCAUAAUAACUCUUUCUUAUCUAGACAGUGUUUACCACAGAACAUUUCUAACGGUGAAGAGGAAAGGGUUCCUGUGCUGUAUUAUUCUGGAGUAGGGUUACCUGCCCAUGUACGAUCUCUCUCCCCGCCACCUUAUCCCUACUCAGCCGAGUCAGGAACUGAGCCAUUACCUUCCGUCUACGAUCCUCAAGCAGUAGUUUUAGUAACAACACCAAGAUCGAUUUGUCUACCAGAAGGUUUGAUGUCAGAACUGGAUGGAAGAACAGAUGAAGGAAUGCAGCCAGUGAGCCACUUGGAAAGUAGCCCAGACGAUCUUAGCGGUUCUAUAUUUACUAUAGAGCCUGAAGAUGCAAACCUCACAGCACAUGGGUAUGGAACUACUGAUUCAUUAGAAUUCCAUACUUCACAUACAUCAGGCGGAAGAAGACCACCUACCCCUCCAAUGCGUGUAAACAUCUCUUCUUCUGGAAAGGAUGAAAGGCUUUUCACUAUAGACGGAAGUCAACACCAUCAUAAACUAGCUAGUAAUGUGCCAAGCGAUACUUCUCAAAGCUUCAAUAAGACUGACAAACGAACAGCACCAAAUAACACGAUAAAGUGUCACAACAUUCCAGUAGUUAAAAGUCUAGAAGAAAAUGGACCUUACGGUGACAUCAGACCGGUUUUUGAUUCCGGAACCUUAUGCACGUGACGCACACGAGAGAGUGACCAAUAUGACUAGUGUAAACUAUAAGUUAUGACCUUAGUUGUACGUUUUUGUUAUAGUGGAAAAGUGUUGAUCAAGUCAGUUAACCAUCUGCAGUAGCUCCCUUCAAGCUGUUACUAAUUGCAUGGAUUUCCAAUUAAUAAAUGUAAUCGAAUGACACUCAAAAUCCACCAAAGCACCUAUACUUUUUUCCAACACACGUGUUCACCUAGUGACAAUAAAACCUUUAUCUGUCAUUAUUAACAGAAUACCUUCAACACCAUGAAGCUGUUUUUGCCAUAUAACAUGAAAAUUUUCUAUAUCCAAUCUUGUGAUAAUUAAUUCUAUUGUAUGAUUUUGCACAGAGGCAAUUAAGGCUGUAUUGACUCGUACACUGUGGUAGUGUAUAUGAAGCUGAUUGUAUUUAUUGUUCCUUGAAACUGAGUGAUUGUAUUUUUUAUACAAAAUGAUGCUCAAUUUUGAAAUAGGAUUGCAGUCACUUUACAGUUAUACGGCAUAUAUAAAAUUGACGAACAUGCGACUAAAUCAUUAUAUGUAGCUUUAUGCUAGGGCAGAGAACAUGAUUUAACAUUGUAGUUAGCUACAAUCACCUGUAUAGGUUAAGCAAGAGACAGUACAAAAUCUAUUAGUGCGUAAAACUGUUUUGAUUUUUUUCUGUAAGUGAUAUGCAGACAGUUACUAUUGGACUUUAUUCAGAAUAGAUUUAAAUAAAUGCAUUUUAUAAAGGACAGAUCUUGUAUCUAUCAGAACUGUAAACCAUUAUUAAAAGAAAAUAUUUGAA